AUGGACAAAGAAAGUAGAGGUAACUUUGACACCUGGAGUUCCAGAAUGGUUUCUGGGGUUGAGUUUCGGUGCAAAGUAAAAGUUCCCACCACCACUAACCUGCCAACUUUAAAUGAAAUUUCGUCAUCGGCUUUUGAGUAUGACUUUUUACACGAAAAGCAAGUUAUUGCUGAUUAUGAUGAGUAUUUCAACGCAAAGAAAAAUUUAGAUGAAACACUUUCCACAUCAGUGUAUGGAAUUCCACCAGAUCAGUCUAAUCCAUUACAGGAAAGCAAUAAAAAGGGCAUUGAAUUACCACGCAGUUUUCAUUUCUCUGAUCCUCAGUCACGUUCUUCAAAUAAUUCGUGUCCAGCUUCAGUUAUCGGAACACCUCCACCUGCUGCUAGUCAUCUUGUUUCCGGGAAAAUUUUGGAACCUAGCAUAAUAGAUAGUGGAGCUUCUAGCCAAUUAUGUAAAUCAAACAGAUGA